UCUCAGAUAGACGAUCUUCGACAGCUAGGCGAGGGGACGUCGCUUUCACGAUUUGAGCCGUUUUUGUCAAAGUGUGCUGUGGCUGCUCGCUUCUUUAAAUAGGCUUCUCCUGGUUGUUUAUUCGCUCUUUGUCGGCCACCGGCACUAUUCUGAUGUCUACUUCAGGACCGUGAGUAACGUCGGCAGGCGGAACCCUAGACUGAAGCAGCGACUGUAGCAGAAUGGCGUAGCAUCCCCGGCGGGCAUCCCACAUCUCCAAACAACAUAGGGUUAGCUGUGCCCGGGACUAACAACAGUCCGGUGUCCUUUGUUGUGUUAGCAGCAGUACUGGUGUUUCUCAGAGACUACGACACUUCUCCGGGACAAAAAUGUAUUUUCUUGUAACGGACAGAGCAGCCUGGAGUCGAGGAGCGGAGGAGAUACGGUGACUGCGGAGAAAGUACUCUCUGCUGUGCCCCCCCCCCAUCAGACCGCAAUGUUUGGACUUGUGGAAGAGACGACGGCCGGCAGUAUCUCUGUGUAUAUUUAACUACGCUUUAAAGCGUGCUCUCCUACAUCACCCCCUACCACCUUCAACUCCCGCAAUGAUGACAUCUCCGGACUCUCCCCCACUGGUAUCCCCCUCCCCGUGCCCUCCUCCCCCUCCGUCUCUUCCCUCCUCCCCCGUGCCCUCGUCCCCAGCCCCAUCCUCCUCCUCCCUCCCCGCCCCACCUUCGCUGCCACCCACAGGGGAGGUGAUGGUGCUGGCUCUGGGCAGGAAGAAGCAGCGGGUGCUAAUUGCUCUCUCAAUCCUGCCCAACCUUUUCCUGGCCUUUCUGCUAUCAUCUGACCCCCUCAUCACCCUCUCCCCGCCCCACCACUGCCACCUGCCCGGUUCUCUGCAGUCCCUGGAGACCCUGAACACCUCCCUACCCUGGGAGAAGGGACAGAGGCCUGGGGAUAGUGGGGGCCCAUCCCAGUGUAAGCAGUACGUCAACAGCAGCCAGUCGGCUGUGGUGGACUGCGAGUCAGGCUGGGACUACAACGUCACAGAAGGGCUGAGGAACAACAUUGUUACUGAGUGGGAUCUGGUGUGUGGUCAAUACUGGUUGGUCCCAGUGGAGGAGGUGUGUUUCAUCCUAGGUGUCCUGACUGGCUGUCUGGGUCUGGGCUAUGCUGCUGACAGGCUGGGCAGGUCCAAGACUCUGCUGACCUCCCUGACUCUGUCAGUGGUGUUUGGGGUGCUGGUGUGUGUCUCUCCGUACCCCUCCAUCUUCAUUGUUAUGCGUUUCUGCCUGGCGGCUGCUAGUGCAGGAGUCUACCUCACUCUGUACAUCACCCGUCUGGAGCUGUGUGAGCCCUCUCUGAGGCUGGUGGUGACCAUGCUGGCUGGUCUGAUGACUGUCACCGGAGAGCUGCUGCUGCUGGCCGUGGCCUUGGGCUGCCAGUCCUGGAGGGGCCUGCUGGGAGCCGGGGCUGCACCACUAACACUGUUUCUCAGCUAUGGCAUUCCUGGGGUUUUUCCAGAGUCCCCUCGCUGGCUCCUUCUGUCUGAGCGAUCUGCAGACAUGAACUCGUUCAGCGAGAGAAGAAACUCCAACAGAGAUGUGAGGGAUGACGAGAGCUUCACAGAGCUGGAUUCAGAACCAGCCCUUUUUUCACGACCGCACCUGUCCUUCCCUGAACUCUUCCACAGCAGGAACAUCUGGAAGAACAUGUGUGUGCUCGGCUUCACCUCAUUCAUCUCCCAUGGCAUCAGUCACUGUUACAGCUCAUUCCGAGGUGACGUCAGAGGCACCGCUCCCAGUUUCUACUGGAUGUACCUGUUGUCUGUGUGUGCAGGGGGUGGUGCCUGGCUGUUGCUCUGGGCGACUGUGGACAGGUGCGGUCGGCGUGGCAUUUUGCUCCUCUCCAUGACAAUGACGGGGCUGGCCUCUUUGAUCCUCCUGGGACUCAUGGAGUAUCUCAGUGAGACGGCCAUCACAGUUUUCUCAGUGCUGGGUCUGUUCUCCUCUCAGGCCACCGCCUCCCUCUGCAUACUCUUCACUGCAGAGGUCAUGCCCACCAUCAUCAGGGGCAGUGGUGUGGGCACUGUAUUUGCCCUGGGCUGCGUGGGCCGCCUCAGCUCCCCGCUCAUGGACCUGAGGAACCAUUACGGCUACUUCCUGCACCAUGUGGUCUACUCGUCACUGGCUCUGCUGGCCGUGCUGUCCAUCCUGCUGCUGCCUGAGAGCAAGAGGAAGUCGCUGCCCCAGACGCUGGCUGAAGGGGAGCAGUACAGACGCCCCCCGUUGGGCAGGAGGAGGAGGGACAACGUGCCGCUGCUUGCAACACCCAAUCCCGAGACCUAAAAGACCUGGAGAGAGGGGCCUAGACUGUGCUGAAAUAAGUCAGCAUGAGGCCAGAAGAUUUACAUUUGUCAUGUUACUGCAGAGGAGAAGAAGGAUAGAGCAUCACAGAGACUUAAAGAUGGAUGAAGAAUGAACAUGAAUGAAGCUUCUUAACAUAUCAUCCUUUAGUCAUUCCAAACACAGACUAUUGGGUUUAGUGGCCAUUUUUCUCCAUCUUCCUGUUUCCUGUCAUUCAGAUAUGUGUGAAUGUGUCCGAACACACACGCAUGCCACAUCAUCUUUCCUACAUCUCUUCAUGACAGACAGUGGGUGCACCCCACAUGUGACACACCAGCAUACACUGCUGGACGUCGCCAUCCAGUGUGUUGGUUGUAGAGAUGUUAGCUGCAGGUUCGGACAGUUGUCUCAAAUUAUUCUUAGUGUUUGUCUAAACCUGCAUAGACCAUUUUUGUCUUGUUUGCUGUAUACAGCAAAACAAAACGUGCUCAGAAGUGUAAGAAAAGUAAAUGAAAGUCAAUUUUGUAUACCUUUCUGUGAUGUACAACUUAGCUGACACUACUAGGGAUGCCCCGAUUGAUCGGCUGCCAAUCAUGAUCGUCUGAUUUUCAUAAAAAUAAGUGAUCGGUAGAUCUGCAAAUUAUCCUAGUCACCAAUAACCUUAAAACCGAUCACUCGUGGUUAAUACUCUGGUGUCCGUGGCGGAGAGAGGCACUGUGUGCUUUGUAGUGUAGUCCCGCCUCCCACCUUGUUCACUGUGUGACAGGCCACUAAAACAAAACAUGUCAGCCAUGUGGAACACAAAAUAUAAUGCAAUGCAGGGCUCCAGACUAACUUUUCACUGGAUGCAUGAUUUGGUCUGGCCUAUUUCUUCAUGAAGGAGGCUCCAAGGCUUACUCUUCUUUAAUCAUGUUAAAUAAAAAUGUAAAAUUAUAUCACUAUAUCACUAGAGCGCUGUCAGUAUCUUUUCACGUCGCGACCUAAACUCACCACAGAGAAAACAAUUUUACCGAGUGUAAAAUGUAGCUAUUUGUACUGUGAGAGAUUGCAUAUGCUACUCACAUGGUAUUAGGUAUACUGGGCAAUUUAGAAAAUAUUAGUGUGAUAUGACGAUAUGAUAUUGAAGGGGACAGAGCUCAGCUCCACAGGGCCCUGGCAAAAUUUAACCCCUGGCUCUGUUAUAGGCAGAGUUUAAUUUGAUGACCUUUUCGUUCUCCUGAAAAGAUGAGGGGAGGGGCUCUGUCCAGGCAGGUUUUUAGCUUAAAUUGCAGGAGUUUAAGCUUAAAUUGUGUUGACUUGGUAGUAACAAGCGUUGUCUGCAGUGAACGGGCCACAUUGCUUACACUACGCAACAUAGCAUUGCCCACAUACCACAACCACGGGUACUGAGUUAGCCCAAUGUCUCUGUCUGUUCCUGUCUGCACCUGCAUUCUGAUGAAAGGUCAGGUAGUCAGACCGACUGAGCCAGUGAAGGAAAAAAAACAAAGCAGUACAUGCAGGGCACCAAAACAGCCUAGGGAUUAAUGAUCAUGCAACGACCAUGUGCAAUUUUCACUCGCACACUCACAAAAAAUAGUCACAUAUGUGUUGCAGUUUGGAGCCCUGCAGUGUCUGCCAAUAAUGAUCGGUAUCGGCCAUGGAUCGGUUGAUCUCACUCAUAAAUGAUCGCUAUUGGUGGCAAAAAAAAACCUGAUUGGGGCAUCCCUACACUUCACCAUUUGGCACUCCAAACAAGGACGGACCACAAUUCUCACAUGUAUCAUGUAACACUACAGGGGGUUGUGGGUGUUAUUUGCCUUGUAAAUACUCUAGACUUAGUUUCUUUAACUGCUGGGGGUGUCUGAGUUUUGUUAAAGCAGACUUUGAGGUUGGUAACUGUACGCACAGUCUGCUAUGCAAUGGAGAAGCGACACAGAGCAUUUUGGAUCAUUAUCUUGUAAAAUGAUGGUGGUUGAUUUGACCUUCAAAUUAAUUAUUAAUGUAUUAAUUAUUAAAUCUUGAUAUAUAAGGGACACUUAUGAACGUAAAUCAGCUGUUAUUAAUAUUAGGCUCCGAAGCAAGUAAACAGAACAAAAAGGCCUUCAAUCAGAAAGGUGUUCAUAUUCAAACUACUUGAAUCCAGUUUCGAAUCUGGCCUGGUGCCAGCUAUAUUUAUAUCUAUUUAUGUUGUUAAUAAGCAUAAUCAUUAAAUUAUCCACAGGCCAGGUAUUUUUAAGUAUUUAUCUAAAUAUUGCUAAAUUGGGUUGAUCCACUAACUGUCACAACAUUCCUUUCUGCAUAUUUGGAGGCACUUGAAGGGCUUGUUUAUCUCUCUUUCCUCAGAAGCUUAGUGAUCAAUACCUCUGUAGAUGACCAGUCUCGGCUGUAAGAGAAUAGACGGGAACGAACAAACUACAGCAGAAGUUGUGUAACCAGGCACAUAUAUUUUUGUCAGCACUUGGUACAUGGAGGUCAUCUGUAUUUGAGCUGAAUGUUUAUUGAUGGUGGAGACUGGGCCUAAUGACGAUUCUCCAUGAAGCUUGAAUGGGAGCUGAAAAGGGCCCCAGUGCUCCACAUCAACCCUUGACUCCUCCUCAAUCAUGCACCAAGGAUGAAGGUUUUCUUCUUUAUUUCCUGUGUGAUGGCUGAAGUGGCAUAAUGACAGAGAAUUGCCAAAGCAAGUCAGUUUCAGAGCUCCAAAAAAUCCUGCUGUAUGAUGGUAUGUUCAGGUAAUUGUAUGUCUCAAGUUUCCAUGGGUGUGUGACAGUAGGAGGAUGUGGGGGUUUUGAUUUCGACUCUGAUGUUGAGGAGUUAUUAAAGAAAUUAUAAGCUUUGGUUGUUUUGAUUUCCUUUGUAUGUUGCACUCAACAACAUUAAUACACUGAUUAUUACUAUCUCUAUGAUUAACUUGGCUCGAGUAAUAUAAUGUCUGACAACACUGAUGAUCUGUUCAAUGAUAAGUGUGAUGCUGUUCACUCUAUAGACUGAUUACAUGUAAAAUAAAACUGGUUAAAAAAAUGA